CGCCACGCCCUCUUUUAAUUGUUUCUUUUACUCCGGUUAUUACGUAACGUUUCGAUGGCCCACUUGCUCGAUAUAUAAAAAGGCGAAUUACGGUCAGGAUCAACAUUGUAAUUUCAACUGUUAUCAUAUCAGCAUCAACACAAUGGCUUUUAAGUUUAUUGCCUUCGCUACCCUCCUGGCUUACGCCCAAGCAGGUAAUUUGCUCCACGCUGCCGCCCCAGCUGUAGCUUACUCAGCCCCAUUGGCUUACUCCGCCCCGGUAGCCAAAGCUGUCGUAGCUGCCCCGGCUGAAGAAUACGACCCCAAUCCCCAAUACAGCUACGGAUACGACGUACAAGACGGACUUACCGGAGACAGCAAGAGCCAAUCUGAAACCAGAAACGGAGACGUUGUCCAAGGAAGUUACUCCCUCGUCGAACCCGAUGGCACCAGGAGAAUCGUAGAAUACACCGCUGACCCCCACAACGGAUUUAAUGCAGUGGUGCAUAAAGAACCUGCCGCCGUAGCUGUCAAAACCGUAGCACACGCUCCAGUCGUAGCAGCCGCCCCAAGUCACACCAUCGCCAAAUUUGCCGCUCCUGUAGCUUCUUACGCCCAUUCGGCUCCAGUAGCUUAUGCCGCCCAAUCUGCUUAUGCCCAUCCAGCUCCUGUAGCUUAUGCCGCCCAUGCAGCUCCAGUAGCGUAUGCAGCUCAAUCUGCUUAUGCACAUCCAGCUCCCGUAGCUUACGCUGCCGCCCCAUCUGUAGCUAAGUACGCUUACUCUUCACCGGCUGUGGCUUACCAUCAUUAAGUGGCUGUGACUUCCUACCCGGUGACGUUCUCAGGCUGUUUAAAGUUGAUUAGUGAUAUUAUUAUUUUUGUAUAUAUAAAUGUAUGUAAGUUUUAUUUAUUAGUAUAUGGCUGAAUAAAUGGUUAAUAUCUAAA